AUGUCAAAUAAAGAUGAUGAAUCAAUUGAAAUGUUAUAUUCAAAAUCAUGUCUUGAUUUAAAUAUGGAUACGGAAACAAAGUUAGAUGCAUGACAUUCAUAUGAACAUAUUCGUAAACAUUAUGUUUUAGAAGGUGAUCAAUUACAUUGGUUAACUAUUUCAUUAUAUGUAUCAUGUAGAAGAUAUAAACAUCUAACAACAAAUUAGAAUAAUCCAAUAUCAAUAUCACGUUUAUUAAAAAGUGCUAAUCAUUUAGAAUUAUUUGUUUUUUUUUGAUAAAUUACACAAAUGGGAAGGUAUGACCAAUUUACCUGAUUCAAUUUGAUCAGAAAUCGAUCAAGUGUUGAACAUGUUUUUAAUAUAUCAUCAAUUAUAUUUGAUAAAUAUACCAAAAAUAUUUAUUGAAAUAUUUGGUGGAAAUCAAUAUAAAUUAAUUUAUCCGUCAACUAUCAAUGAUCUGAUUGCUUCAUUUCAUUUACUUAUUUCUAGUUUUUUCUUUUAUUUAUGAUUAUGUCAAAUUAGCCAAAUUAGAUUA